GGGACCGCAAGGACAGGGACCGCAAGGGCGGCGGCAGGGGCGGCGAUUGGGAGAGGGCACCGAGGGAGACCCUCGGCGCGCUGUCCAACCGGGCGGAGCACGCCUACAAGAGGAACACCGACGACCUGGACCGCGAGGCCGAGCUGAGGCGGUGCGCGAAAAGCCUCCUCAACAAGAUCUGCCCCGACAACUGCUCCACGAUCGCCAGCAGGAUAGCAACGGAGGCCAUGGUCAGGUCAGAGGAGGAGCUCGAGAUCGUCAUCCACCUCAUCUUCCAGAAGGCCCUCGCGGAGCCCCACUACUGCGAGACCUAUGUCGAGCUCGUGCACGCCCUCAAGGGGGAGAUGCCCGAGUUCCCGAAGGCGGACGGUGGCAAGCCGUUGACCUUCAAGGCGGCCCUGCUUAACGUCACCCAGGAGGAGUACGAGGCCAUGACCAGCAACACGCUGCAGCCGACCGAGGAGGAAAAGGCCACCAAAGACGCCGAGGAGCUGAGGUUCCUCAUGGACAACAAGAAAAAGAAGCUGCUCGCGAACAUGAAGUUCAUCGGGCACCUCUUCCUGAGGGAUCUGCUCGGAGGAAAGGUCAUCUCGGGGGUGGCGUCGGAGCUGCUGAAGAUAGACGGCUCCGGGGGGCUGCCCGAGGAGCAUGUCGUGGAGUGCGUCUGCGAGCUGAUCUCCUCGAUCGGAUACACGCUGGAAACCUCGAAGUUCCAGUCGACACUAGUGCAAGUGUGCAGCAGGCUGAAAGACCUGAAAGGUCAGAAGAACAAGGCUGGAAAAGACAUUCUCAGUAAGCGCAUCCAGUUCCAGAUCCAGGACCUCCUGGACAUGCGCGCGAACAAGUGGGCGAAGAAGACGUUCAAGGCCGCCGCGAAGACCAAGGAGGAGAUCAGGGCGGACGCAGAGCGCGACGAGAGAAUGAAGGAGCGCGGCAAGGAGGUGCCGACCGCAGAGAUCGUGAUCGCGGGCAAGAAGACCGCGGCGAAGGACUCUGCCGCGUCCGCCUCCCAGGACGGGAGCUGGGACGUCGUGAAGACGAAGGGCCGCCGGUGA